AUGGGAAAGACUGGGCAGAGUACAGUGGACCUAAACUCCCCAACAGAAGUCAAACAAGCCGUUCCCUUUGAGGACCUGGACCCUGUGGUGCCCUCUGCAGAUAAAAAAAAGAAGAAAGAAGAGCCACCUGACAGGGGAAGCUGGAAGGGAAAGUUUGAUUUCCUGCUGUCAUGUGUGGGAUACGCCAUUGGCCUGGGAAAUGUCUGGAGGUUCCCUUACCUGUGUGGCAAGAAUGGUGGAGGGGCCUUUCUGAUCCCGUACUUUUUGACCCUGGUGUUUGCUGGGAUACCUCUCUUCCUCUUGGAGACGUCUCUGGGACAGUUCACCUCAGUGGGAGGGCUGGGGGUGUGGAAGCUCAUCCCUAUGAUGAAAGGUGUUGGUUUAGCUGCAGUGGUUCUGUCCUUCUGGCUCAACAUCUACUAUAUUAUCAUCAUUGCCUGGGCACUCUACUACUUAUUCAACUCCUUUGGUUCGGAGCUGCCUUGGCAAAGCUGUGAUAACCCCUGGAACACAGAUAAAUGUUUUUGCAACUACACUCUGACAGAUACCACCAACCUGACCAGUGCUGUCACUGAGUUCUGGGAGCGUAACAUGCACCAGUUGUCCAGUGGUCUGGAGGAGCCAGGAGAGGUUCGCUGGCCCUUAGUGGGCACUCUGGCAUUGGCCUGGGUCCUUGUCUAUUUCUCAAUCUGGAAAGGAGUGGAGUGGACAGGGAAGGUGGUGUAUUUCUCAGCCACCUAUCCCUACGUCAUGCUGUUCAUCCUGUUCUUUCGUGGGGUCACUCUGCCUGGAGCCAUAGACGGGAUCCUCUUCUACAUCACUCCAGACUUCAAAAAGCUCACCCAAUCUGAGGUGUGGCUGGAUGCAGCGACUCAAAUCUUCUUUUCCUACGGACUGGGCCUGGGCUCGCUCAUCGCCCUGGGGAGCUACAACCCUUACAACAACGAUGUGUACAGGGACUCCAUUAUAGUGUGCUGCAUUAACUCCUGCACCAGCAUGUUUGCUGGCUUCGUCAUCUUCUCCAUCGUAGGCUUCAUGUCCCAUAUCACUAAGAAACCUGUCCAGGAAUUAGCAGCAUCAGGUCCAGGUCUGGCGUUUUUAGCUUACCCUCAGGCUGUCACCCAGCUGCCCAUGUCCUCUCUGUGGGCCAUCCUUUUCUUCUCCAUGCUUAUGAUGUUGGGCCUGGACAGUCAGUUCUGCACAGUGGAAGGCUUCAUCACAGCUCUGAUGGAUGAAUAUCCCAUGGUGCUGAGGAAGAGGAAGAAGAUCUUCAUCCUCAUUGUCUGUUUCAUCUCCUUCAUCAUUGGCUUCUCCAAUGUCACACAGGGUGGUCUGUACGUGUUCAAGCUGUUUGAUUACUACUCGGCCAGUGGGAUGUGUCUUCUCUUCCUCGUCUUCUUCGAAACCGUUUCCAUAGCCUGGUUUUAUGGAGCUGAAAGGUUUUAUACGAACAUUGAGGACAUGAUCGGCUAUAGGCCAUGUGGCUGGUGGAAGCUCUGUUGGAAGUUCUUCACUCCGCUGAUCUGCCUGGGGGUGUUUACCUUCAGUGCCUUUGAGAUGACCCCUCUGACGUUGGGGAAGUAUGUGUACCCGCUGUGGGGCCAAGUGAUUGGCUGGUUCAUGGCUUUGUCUUCCAUGAUACUGAUCCCAGGCUAUUUUAUCUACAUGUUCUGCAUCACCAAGGGCAGCAUCAAACAGCGUUGGCGGAAGAUGACAACUUCCCAGGAGGAUGAAAAGCCAUCAGGGCAUAAAGAAUUUACACACAUGGGGAACAUGGGCGAAGCUCCUGUCUAG